UCUCAAUGUCUGUGACUUGUACAUGCAUCACCAACACAUUCUGUGUUGCAGGAGACGUGUCCCAGUCGAAGUGGAAUGUGACUUAUACACCGAGCUCCAUCUGUGCUCUAAAGGGAUCGACAGUGAACAUGGGCUGCACAUCCACAUAUCCAACUGAUUACACAGUCCAGAGAACUUUCUGGAGCAGACAGUUGGUUACAGAUAAAGAGCCUCCUGAUCUGUCUUUAGACCCAAAGUACAGAAACAGGGUUCAUUACCUCGGGAACAACCUGAAUGACUGCCGACCCAGACUGAGUGAUGUGACAGAACAGGACCAAGGCAAAUACUACUUCAGAUUUCUAACAAACAAAGGACAAAAGUAUCAAGGUAAAGAUGGAGUUGACCUUUCUGUCACAGAUCUCUGGGUGGAGGUGAUUCCUGGUAGAGUUGUUGAGGGAGAUGAAGUUACUCUCACAUGUAAAACCUCCUGCAGUCUGACUGAGACCCCAAUAUUGACCUGGUACAAAGAUGGUAGUUAUUUCUCCUCCUCUAAGCAGCUCCAUCUGCCAUCAGUCAGUCAGCAGGAUGGAGGCAGCUACAGAUGUUCUGUACAGGGACAAAGCUUUGUAGGCCUCUUCCCAUAUGUCAUAGAUCCAGCAACACUGAUGAUGUCACUCAGAUUGACUCCUCCACUUCCUCUGCUGUUACUGCUCAUGGUUUCAGGAGUCGUCUCCCAGGUGCUCCGGCCUCAUAUCAAUCUCUGGGUGGAGAUGAUUCCUGGUAGAGUUGUUGAGGGAGAUGAAGUUACUCUCACAUGUAAAACCUCCUACAGUUUGCCAUACACUACAAUAUUCAUAUGGUACAAAGAUAGAAGUUAUUUCUCCUCCUCUAACCCGCUCCAUCUGCCAUCAGUCAGUCAGUGGGAUGCAGGCAGCUACAGAUGUUCUGUACAGGGACAAAGUUAUCGCUCCCCUGCUGUCACUCUUGAUGUACAAUAUCCUCCAAAGAGAGUCUCAGUGUCCAUCAGUCCCUCUGGUGAGAUAGUGGAGGGCAGUUCAGUGACUCUGACCUGCAGCAGUGAUGCUAACCCACCUGUACAGAGCUACACCUGGUAUAAGGGAAGAUCCUCUAUAAGUACAGGAAACACCUUCACCAUGAUCAGGAUCAGAUCUGAGGACAGUGGAGAGUUUACGUGCAGGGCUGAGAAUAAACAUGGAGGUCUAUCGUCUACUGCUGUGUCUCUUAAUGUUCUGUAUCCUCCAAAGAGAGUCUCAGUGUCCAUCAGUCCCUCUGGUGAGAUAGUGGAGGGCAGUUCAGUGACUCUGACCUGCAGCAGUGAUGCUAACCCACCUGUACAGAGCUACACCUGGUACAAGGUGAAUGAAAGCUCACCUGUAGGAUCUGGACAGAGUUACAGCUUCACACUGACCUCCAGCAGCAGUGGAUGGUUUUACUGUGUGGCUGAGAAUAAAUACGGGAGUCAGAGAGCACCUGCAGUGGGUCUCACAUUAAAUGAGGGCAAGCGUGUACUUCUGUUUGUUGUUCUUGGAGUGACUUUUGGAUGUUCACUUGUCAUCGUUGUGGUUUUAUUCAUGAGGAGAAAGAGAACAAGAGGUUCAGCUGAUAAUGUUGAGUCUAGUCAGAACGUUUCCUCCAGUCCUCCUGAUGACACGUACACAGGUCUUGAUCUUCGGACCAGGUCCAACGGCAUGUACUACACACUUGCAACGGUUCAUUCGAGUCUUCCUGAUUCCCGGUCCAUCUCUCAUGUUUACAACAAUGAUGUAGUGAGUGCAUUUGUUCAUCACUAAAAAUAGCACGGCGGGGCACGGUGGCUUAGUGGUUAGCACGUUUGCCAUACACCACCAGGGUUGGUGGUUCGAUUCCUGUCUCCGCUUUGUGUGUGUGGAGUUUGCAUGUUCUCCCC